ACAGGGUGGGGAGGGACGCGCGGCAUUGCCGUCGGGAACUGGCGUUCCUGUGAAGUAGGAGCCGCCGGCCUUCCGCCUGUACCCGGGCCGUUCGGCGCCGGGCCACACAGCGUCUGCCAUGGCCGGAGCCGGCGUGUGGAAGCGCCUCAAAUCUCUGCUGAGGAAGGAUGAUGCGCCGCUGUUUUUAAAUGACACCAGCGCCUUUGACUUCUACGGUGAGGUAGGGGACGAGGGGCUUUCUCGGUUUAACAAACUUCGAGUGGUAGUAGCCGAUGAUGGUUCUGAAAUCUCAGAAAGGCCUCUUAACGGGGCGCACCCAGCCCUCCAGGCUGACGACGAUUCCUUAUUGGACCAGGACUUACCUUUGACCAACAGUCAGCUGAGUUUGAAGGUGGACCCCUGUGACAACUGCAGCAAGCAGAGAGAGUUACUAAAGCAGAGAAAGGUGAAAACCAGAUUGACCAUUGCUGCCGUCCUUUACUUGCUCUUCAUGAUUGGAGAACUUGUAGGUGGAUACGUUGCAAAUAGCCUAGCAAUUAUGACAGAUGCGCUUCAUAUGUUAACUGACCUAAGUGCUAUCAUACUGACCCUGCUUGCUUUGUGGCUGUCUUCAAAAUCACCAACCAAAAGAUUCACCUUUGGAUUUCAUCGCUUAGAAGUUUUGUCAGCUAUGAUUAGCGUGCUAUUGGUGUAUAUACUUAUGGGAUUCCUCUUAUAUGAAGCUGUGCAAAGAACUAUCCAUAUGGACUACGAAAUAAAUGGAGAUAUAAUGCUCAUUACUGCAGCUGUUGGAGUUGCAGUUAACAUAAUAAUGGGGUUUCUGUUGAACCAGUCUGGCCAUCGUCAUUCCCAUUCUCACUACACACCUUCCAAUUCUCCUACCAUGAGUUCCGGGCAUGGACACAGCCAUGGGCAGGAUAGCCUGGCAGUGAGAGCUGCAUUUGUACAUGCCUUGGGUGAUUUGGUACAGAGUGUUGGUGUUCUAAUAGCUGCAUACAUCAUACGAUUCAAGCCAGAAUACAAGAUUGCUGAUCCCAUCUGUACAUACAUAUUUUCAUUACUUGUGGCUUUUACAACAUUUCGCAUCAUAUGGGACACAGUAGUUAUAAUACUAGAAGGUGUGCCAAGCCAUUUGAAUAUAGACUAUAUCAAAGAUGCCUUGAUGAAAAUAGAAGAUGUUUAUUCAGUGGAAGAUUUAAAUAUCUGGUCUCUCACAUCAGGAAAAUAUACUGCCAUAGUUCACAUACAGCUAAUUCCUGGAAGUUCGUCUAAAUGGGAGGAAGUACAGUCCAAAGUAAAACAUUUAUUAUUGACCACAUUUGGCAUUUAUAAAUGUACUAUUCAGCUUCAAAGUUAUAGACAUGAAAUGAUCAGAACUUGUGCCAAUUGUCAGAGUUUAAGUCCCUAAUUUCGUGUGCUCUGGGGACUACUGCCUUAUUUAUCCUGCAGUCACAGACUUGAGAGCAAUAAAUCCAAACCUAAAU